AUGGCAAUUAUCCCCAAGGACUACAUAAAUAUAAACGGAGAACCUCUGUAUAACCUUUCUGAGCUAGUUUUUUCGAUUGAUUCAUCAGGAAAUAACUAUAGGUUGCCUCCUCUCCUUAAGUACCUGCUUUGUACAAAAUUUUCUUAUAAAGGGCCUGAUGGACAAUCAGCUACCUUUGGAGGCUUUUUCAACUCUUAUUGGAUAUUCGAUCAUCAUAGCAUUAAAAUGUAUAAGCAUUGCCUCCAAAGCUGCCUAUUAUCAAUGUACAAUAUAAUUAUGCUGAUUUCAACAGGCAAAUCUGUCUUUUUAGAUUCAUUUUCUCAGUUUGAUUUGAACUCAGCUUAUAAAAUUACAGCGCUAUUUGAAGACCAAAGUAUUAUUGAAACCCUGACACAAAAUUGUGAAAUAGACUCAUGAAAUUUCGAGUUGAGUUGGCUUGGAAGGAUAAAAGACUCAAUUUUAAACAAGCUUAAAAAAGAAAUGGAAGAUUGGGUAAUAUCGGAAGAUGAUACGGAUAUUAUAUUAAGCAAUUUGAACUUAAAUCAAUUAUGCAUAUUAAGGGAUUUUAAAGAAAAAGGCAAAAAUGAUAUGGCGCAUAAAUUUAUCCAAUCUUUAAAGAUUAGCUCAUUGCCCGGCCACAAUAUCUUCCAAACACCAAUUUCCAUGAAGAAAAGGCUAAAAAAGUCUCCUGUAACGCCACAAUCAGCAAUUAGAGUCAAAAAUUCUUAUCUUUUUAGCACUGGUGAUAGGGAUUUUAAACGUAUGAUUGAUGAUAAGGCUGUCUAUGUGGAUAAAACAAUGUUUAUUAAAGCUAUUUUAGAUGAUAUGUGUCUAAAAUUUGCUAUUUUGAGACCGAGAGGUUGGGGUAAAACAUUGAAUUUAACUAUGCUAAAGGCAUUUUUAAAUCCAGAGCAAGAUGCAAAUGGGCAAUUCGCAAAUUUGUAUUUACUUACAGGAGGGAAAAAUAACACUGAUUUAAAUAAUUUGGAUAGCACAAAAUGCUUGAAAAUAAUGAAUGCUGAUAAUGGACAUUAUAGACAAUUUGCUGGGUGUAUUCCGACUAUUUUGUUUACUUUUCCUGGGUUUUUCUGAGAAUCAAUACCUCCGGAAAUCCUUUUUGAAGCAAUUCAAGUAGAAAUUUCAAAGCUGUAUCAAGAGCACACUUCCUCCUAUUGUCUGUACUUAGAGAAAAUAAUAGAGCAAUACGGAGUAGAAAAAAUGAAUUAUAAAAAUCGAAAUGUUGAGAUGCUGGAACAUAUUAUUGAUCGUAAUAAAAUAAUAUUGCCUACUGAAGUUCAGCUAUUUAGAACUUAUCGACAAUUCAGCUCACAAAUAAAUAUAAUUACAGCACUGAAAAAUUUGGCUCAUAUGCUUCAUCUAAUUCAUGGGCAAGCUGUUAUUGUUAUUAUUGAUGAAUAUGAUAAAAAUUUUAAUAGAGGACUCGUCCAAAAGAAUCAGAAAGAAAUAAAGAUUCUCUUAUGGAAAAUCAUUACGUUACUCGUCGAUCAUAUCGAUUAUCGCAUAAAAAAAUUAAUUGUAGCUGGAAAUUAUUAUGACACUUUGCUUGAUAUAUCUAAUUUAGAUGCUUUUUUUCCUUACAAUAUUUCGAUAAAAUCAUAUUCAAAAUUUUUUGGAUUUACUGAAGCGGAUGUUGAAUGGCUGCUUAAUAAGCACUUAAUAGAAUAUUCAGACCGUCAUCUAAUAGAUCAGAAAGCGUUAAUAAAAGACUGAUAUAAUGGUUAUAAUGUAGGGGUCAGAAAAUAUACAACUCUCGAUCGAUAA